UGGAUUUUACUAAUCCCGAUGCAGUCACGUGGUACCAAGGUGAGUUGCAGCAUGCUAUGGAUCUUGGUUUCCGUGGGUGGAUGUACGAUUUCGGGGAGUACACUCCACCUGAUUCAGUGUCAGCUGACGGUUCGUCGGGGUUGGAGGUGCACAAUCGGUACCCAUUGCUAUACCAGAAAGCCUGCUUUGAUCACCUAGUGAAGACCAAGGAUAAUCCGAACUCUCCUUAUGCUCCAGAUUAUCUGUUUUACGUGAGGUCUGGUUACCUGGGGACACAGGCGGUCACGUGGGCCCAUUGGACUGGUGAUCCCUCAUCUGAUUGGUCUGAGACCAGUGGACUUCCAGCUCAGCUGACCGCCAUGUUGAAUGUAGGCAUUUCCGGUAUCCCAUUCUCUGGAUCUGACAUAGGAGGGUUUGAAUGGUACACCUCGCCGCCACCAGAUGAGGAACUGUGGGUGAGAUGGACACAGCUGGGUGCUUUUAGUGGUUACAUGCAUGAACAAGGCGGUGGCAAAGGCUUUGGGAGAAAACCUCACAUUUUUGACUCAAUCAACGGAACAAGAUUGUGGCGGAAGUUUGCAAAACUUAGAACUCAGCUCUUCCCUUACAUAUACACACAAGCCCACACAGCAAAUCAAGUAGGGCUCCCUAUCAUGAGACACCAUAUUCUGGAUUUUGACGAUGAUAAUCAAGCCAUAUCAAAGCAGUAUCAGUACAUGUUUGGUGACAAGUUAUUGGUCGCUCCUGUUUAUAAGUCGGGAGUGUCGGAAAGAGAGGUUUAUCUGCCUAACAACUCCUCGUGGAUUGACAUCAGCAGCCACUUACUGUAUGAUGAGGAAGAUGGGCGGUUCAGAAUUGGACAUUCCGAUAUACAGCUAGGUGGAAAGUCGUUAAUUGUUGCGGCUUCAUUGGAGACGUGUCCAUUCUUCGUGAGAGCCGGUUCUAUUAUUCCUCUGUUGGAUCCGUCUGUUCUAGUUCUCCGAGAGGCGUCCCACCCUAACGUCACCAGUCUGUACAAUAAGACAACGUUACAUUUGUGGGUAUUCCCUGAUGUUUUCAAGAACGCUGACGGCUCUGACUGGCAGAAUAAUUCAUUUGCAUUCAGAAACUCAUCAGUUCAAAGCAACCUAUUCACCUACGGAAUGAAUUUACGGUCAACGCAAUACACGUGGAUUGUUUCACAGAUUUUACUUUCUGAGAGACCUCAUGAUCUUUUGAUAGAAGGGGGCGUUGUGAAAUCAGUUUUGUCAUGGACACAGGUUAUUCCAUCUGGCGCGGAUCCCAUAGGGGUGUGGAGUUAUGAUCAACAACAACGGGUAUUAUGGAUCGGCAGUGCAAAUACCGUUUCUAAUAUCACAAUUGCUGUUCCUUAUAUUUCUUUGUAACGUGGUCUACAUCUAUCGACUCCAAUUAAGAAGUGGCGCAAUAUAUUGAAACACAAAUUAUUCGAUUUGUUUUAUGUAAUAAAAUUUAAAUAUGGUUUUUUUUUAUGCGUGCGAGUAUUAUCACUGCAUGUGUAUAUCUUAGAAAAAGAAUAAAACAACUUUAAUUAAGAAAA